AUUUACACGGGCUACCGUGCAAGCCAUUAUGGUCCCGAGAGAUAUGGAUGUCAGCGGCCUUAAUCGUGUAAUGUCCGAGAACAACGUCGUGAUUGGUCCAACGUUAGAAAUGCGUGAGACCGUAUCAGCGUAUUCGCCUCCUGUUUAUUCGGGUCCGAACGUCAUUACGGCACAGCCACAAGGAGAAAUCCAACAAUCAAGGAGGCCGAUUCCCGUGAACACAUUGGAUUGGACAUCAACGCCGAGAUCCCAGCUCAGCACGCUCUCGGGAACUCAUUUCUUGGGCAAUGUGGAACAGUUGGAGAUACAGCAGAUCGUCGACUUGAGUACACUGCUGGGUAGAACGGAGAGGGGUUUUCAGUACAGGGUGAAAGUCCCGAAAGCGGAGUCAUUGUUUCUGGCUAUAGAGACGAAGCAUGAAAAUCGAUCGACCAUAUUCAAUUGGUCGAAACUGAUACGCGGGGAUUUCUCGUUGAACAUAUUGGAUCAGUGCGGCGAGCCUGCAUUCAUUAUGAAAAUAAACUCACGAUGGAGUUACACGUUGAAUAAACUACGCAAAAUCACGGUAGGAAGCACGAACCUUAUCGGAACGGUGGAACAAAAUUUCAGUAUAAUCGGGCCCAGUUUCACAGUCUACGACCCAGCGCGAAACGAACUUUGCAAUAUCUUUGGGCCGAACGUGUGCGGCUGUUGUAUGUACAAAGAAGCGCAAUUCCAGGUGAUUUCAGUCGACGGUACUCACCAAAUCGCAUCUUUGAUGCACCAAUGGAACAAUAGUUUGCAUGACUAUACAUUGCUAAUCACCUUUCCAGCAGACACAGAUGUAAAACUGAAAAGCUUGCUCCUCGCAGCUGCGUUUCUGGUGGAAUACAUGUACUUCGAGAAAAUAAGGAGGACGUCGCCGCGGACGUGA